AUGAAGACCUUUGGUGCCGCGACCCUCAUUACCGCCUUGCUCGCCGCGAGUGAAGGAGCAAAUGCCUUCACCAAGACCAACACCACCCCGCUGAAAAAGGUAGCAGGAAGCAAGGGUAUCCUCAUUGGGUCCGGGGCUAUCAAUCCGAAUUAUCUCAAUGAUACUUUAUUUGCGACCGUCCUUGCCGAUCAGUUUCAAAGUCUCGCUCCCGAGAAUGAGUUGAAGUGGACAUUCAUACACCCGACCCCAAACCACUACAAUUGGAACGCAACCGACCGCCUUGUCAGCUUCGCGGAGAAGCACGACAUGGUGGUGAAGGGGCAUGGGCUCAUCUCGAGCUGCUGCAACCCCGAUUACCUGCUCAACAUCACCGAUCCCAAACAAUUCCGUGCCGCCAUGGUCACUCAUUUUGAAGCGAUCAUGCACCGAUACGCCGGCAAGAUGGAUCGGUGGGACGUUGUCACCGAGGCUCUUAAGUCUAUGGGUGGUGGUCUACAGGCCAAUGACUUCUACAAGGUGCUUGGACCUGGAUACAUUGCAGACGCCUUUCAUAUCGCUAGGGCAGCGGGCCCAGACGCCAAGUUGUUUCUCAGCGAGAAUUUGGUCGAGUCGCUUCCCGGUAAGCGUCAAGAGCUCUACGAUCUAGUCUCUGGACUUGUAUCAGACAAAGUCCCGAUCGACGGAAUCGCUCUACAGAUGCACGUUACCGAAGUAGCUCCGAUCCCUGGUGUGAUUACGGAUAUAAUCAAAUCUUACAAUUCUCUUGGAUUGGAGGUAUCCAUCUCAGAGAUGGAUGUCCAUACCCUGAACACCACCCUCGAAACUGAUAUCUACAGCGCCGUCCUCACUGAGGCCCUCGACGCUGGAGUCACCGAUAUCACCUUCUGGGGAUUCACCGAUAAGCAUGCCUACACCUGGGUCAAGGGCGCAAAGCCAUUGAUGUUCGACGAGUACUACAACCCUAAGGGUGAAUUCUACGCUACCCAUACUGCCCUGACCAGCUUCGACAACAAGACACGCGCCAACUGA